UAUUCUCGUUUCUGACUCGCAGCUUGCAAAAGCUGACUUUCUACGGCCUCCAUCCCCGAAUUGGUGAAUUCAAUUUGGAGGCCGAACUGCAAAUAGUUCUUCUACUAAUGUGCGAACUAGGGUUUUUUUUUCCAGUUCGCAAAUUGUAACGAAUAAAGCCGUUUGCUGCAGUACCAGUGCCACGCGAUUGUGCUACCCUUUCGAGUCGCGCGAGGUGUGAUUGGUAAAAGUGCAGAAAAGUUUUCAUUCGCUCCUGCGAUAUAGCUAAGUGUGGUGGCCCCAGAAGUGAAGGUGAAAAAACGUGUGAGCAAAGGAUUGGAAAAUUUUUCCCAACCCCGCCGAGGAAGCCCAUUUCCUGCCAAUUAAUCAGGACCCCAUUCGUGGGGUCUUCCUUAGGGGGGGUUGAAGGAUUCCCAUGGAGCACUCCGGAGAAAGGCAAUAGAAAAGGUCGAUGACGACCGACCGUGCAAUUUGCAUCCAAAAAUAACGCAAAGUGGCGAAUGGGGAGAACAAAAAAACGGAACGGCAAUCGCAGUAGCAGCCAGCAGCAAUAGUCGUUGUCGUGACAGGCAGUGAGAAAAUAUAAUCAACCCUCGCCUCGGUCUCGGAACCUAAGCAACCAUGUCGUCGCUGGAACAUUGUGAUAGCAACGCACCGGUCGAUCCCAGAGUGCAGAUCGAACUGGAAAAAUUAAACGAGGCAACAGACAGCAUCAAUAAGUAUGAAGUCGAACUGGAUGAAGCCAAAAACGAUUUCCGCGAGCUGCUCAAGGAGAGCGUCGAGAAGAUCAAAGCCGUCGCCAAGAAGCUCGGCAACUCGAUCGAGACGGCCAAACCGUACUACGAAGCCCGUCUGUACGCCUCGCAGCUGGCCAAGGAAACGCAACAAUCUGCGCUAAACUACGACAAGGCCAAAUCGGUGCACGCGGCAGCGAAAGAGAUGGUGUUCCUAGCGGAACAGGGACUGGGCGAAAAAUCCACCCUGGAUACCGCCUGUCAGGAGAUGCUCACACACGCAACGACGCGCGUCAACGAGUCGCAGAACGACUGCACCGAGAUGCGGAACGUGCUGCGGAUUAGCGAGCUGAAGCUGGAGGUAGCGAACAACCGGGUUGCCAAGCUGCACUCGCAGUUGAAGGGAGCGAUUCGGGCGUCCAGCAUGGAUAUCCGCAGGAACCUGCUAAUGCUGAAUUUGCUUGCUUAUCAGAAUGAGUUGUUGUUUUUACCUUAUUAUGAAUUACGAGCGAACUAUAAUGCGCUACUGCUCGAUCAGAAACAGAAAGUUGUAGAUCUGGAGGCGAAAGUAUCUGAAGCGAAGAUGAGCUAUAAUGAAGCCUUGACACGUUUGGAGAAGAUUUCCGAGGAGAUUCAUCAGCAGCGAAAAGCUCGUGCCAGUAGCAUUGACGAGGAUGCCUCGUCGUCAUCUUCGUCGACUAAUCACCCGCGAACUCAGCAGCUAGGACUAGGCGGAAUACACUUGCCGUUCAGCAAAUCCCCCUCAGCUGCACGGAUUGAAUCCAGCGACGAAUAUCUGGAGUUCCCAGCCAAGUUGGGACUGAAGUCCAGUCCGAUUAAGCCCAAGUAUCUGGACAAGUUAGAUUGUCCGCACCUGCUGAAAGACUUCGCCCGGAAGCCCAGCCCAGGCGGGGAGAGUGAUUCCGAUAACAACUACUUGUUUUCGCCAAACCGAACUAUCGACGACAUCACCAACAUGUCCUCGGAGGACAUCGAACAGUGGACGGAGAUUCGGUUGUCCAACUCGAACAGCAGCAGUUCAGGGUACUCGCAGCACAACUCGUUGGCGCUGGAAGACGAAAACAACGGACUGGCAGCAGAUAUGAUUUCCGAUACGACCGAUACAGAUUCCGACGAUAGCCGUUCGGGACCCAGGGUCAAGGCACGUAUCAUCAAGAUGGAGAUCUACGACGACAGCGCCAAUCAGAACACGCGUAAAAGUGAAGGCAUCACCGGUUGGAUUGCGAGUCGCUCAAUCGGUCGUUCGGCGUCCAUCUCGAUAGCGGGCUGUGCUCCAACUCCUGGCAACACUGCUACCCCUACUACCCCCACCGGAACCAGCAAGGACAGCGGCACUCCCACAAUGUCAGGUUCUGGUCGACGCCAAAGCCUGGACAUCAUCAUCGAUACCGGCGACCGCGUCAAGGAUGCCUUCACCCAGGGGAUUCAGCGGAUCGGGCGCUCACUGGAGCGACGGAACUCCGAAUCGGAGGUCGCUCGGGACGGCAGUGAUGGCACGAUCGGCGGCGGAACAGGGGGGAGCGGAUCGGGUUCUGGUACGGGGAGUGAUUUUUUUCUCUUCCAACGCUCGUCGGAUCCUGCACGGGAUGGUCUCUCGGAUGAACAGGUGGAGAACCUUCUUCUAGGCCAGGACUGCUCGGACCUGUUUCAGAACGUGGUCAACUUGUCCAAGUAGGACGGAGCAGGAGGCGGGGACCGAUCGAGCGUGGGACUGUGUGUUUUCUGUGAUUCGAACCAGCGGCGACACUUAUUAAGCAAUUAUUCACAUGUAGGGGAAUACUAUUUUAACCAAGCCGAUAGGCUAAGCGAUACAAUUUGCUGUGAAAUUUGAUGGGGAACCAAAAUAACAAAAACAAAAGAAUCGUUACAUAGGGGCAAAUGGCAGGCGAACGUUUGAAGCGAUAACAUCACAGUAACCUUUGAAAUUUCAUCUGUUGACCAUUAAUGCGAUCAGAGCAACCCACGUAGACUUAUGACGAAUCAUAUCAAAGUAGAACGACAGAAUGACGUGUUCCUAUUGAACAGUAAAUCUUAAAAUUUUAAUUGGCUAUCCUACUGCAUUUGAGCUGAUGUUAUCGCUUCAUCAUUUCUGCGUGUAUUCUAACUCUCUAUGAUCAUUGUUAAUGUAAACAAACACACACAAAGCUAAACCAAAAACAAACUAGUCUUAGAGCAUCAAUUUGUGUCAACUGGAGGCGCUUUAUAAAUUGCAACUUAAAGAGGGGGGAGGAUGUCACCCCAAAGCAAUUGCAGUAGCGAAACAAUGGACAACCACUAGGAGAGAACCGAAAGCAAUUCUGUAGCUGAUCGUCUUUAAGCAAAUCGUAAUAUCGCAUCAUUAUAGAGUCAUAUUCAUUCCAAUCUUUGUUCAUUAUUAACAUGUCAAGCAAUGGAAAAAGAAUUAAGUUUGAUUAUUUUUUCACGUUGAGCGCUAAGGGGACGUAGAGCUGAAGUGGUGAAGGAGUUCAAAGUUCUUUAAAAAAAAAGGAAUUCUGUCGCGGUACUUCAUUUCGUAACCCUUAUUUUCAUAACAUUUAAAAUAAAGGAAAAAUCAAUGGAGCAUGUUAUUCAUUUUUAUGGUUUUUUUUUUCAACAAUAAGCACGUAUGAUUACAAAAAGAUUCGACUAAAAUGGUGCUUCAUUAUUUUAUUUGGAAGUAAUGUGAAUAUGUUGCAGUGAAACAAUUUGGAAACAUAACUAUCGGAUAAUAAUCCUACCGGGAAUUGUUAAUUCUAAUACUAUAAGAACUUUUUUGACAAUGAAAAAAUCCGCGCACUGCAAAUAUUUUCCCAGCGUGUAUUUAGAUGAAGUUUUACACAAUUAACGCAUACAAGGAAUAAUGUAACACCAUCAGUCAUGUUUAUGUUUUGGCAAAGCGUGUACGUUUGACACAUGUUUGUUUAUCAAUUUUAGAUAAAUCUCUUGCUGCAUCAUGAUAACUUUUAACCAAACUUUUGAAACAAAGAAACCCAUGCUAAAUACGGUUCCAAACGAAAGAAGGCCUGUCAAAUUUGACAUAUGGCCGUACUCCUACUAUAGGAAUACCGAGUCAAAACCCCAUACUCGGACCGAAGAUAAGCGCCAUGAAUUUAUAUUUUACCCGUUAUUUUUUUCUUGUCACCCAGUAGUUGAUUCACCGAUCAUCGUCACCAAAGAUCCACUCCCAUCUUACUGUAUCUCCAGUGUAUGUGUUUGUUAUCUAACUGUGUAGAUGAGAUUUAAAAUAUUGCCAAUCAAAAUGAACAAUGGCUCGAAUACUAUUAUGGUGAUGAAACGAGAGGGGGGAUGUGAGCUCUGAAAACUCCAACAGAAAAUAGCAAUUAUCAAUGGAUUACA